AUGACCACGCCUAGGCACGAGUUUUACGAGACGGACGAAAGGCUUACCCUCUCUAUCUUCGACAAGGGCGCAGACCCCGCCCAGGUGCAGAUCACCUUUGAGCCCAGGAAGUUCUCGUACACCAAUGGCGACAAGAUCCUCGUCCUCGAGCCUCUCAAGGGCCAGAUCGACGCAUCAAAAUGCGACUUCACCGUCGGAAAGGUGAAGGUGGAGAUCCGGCUCGUGAAGAUGGCUCAGGGGCGAUGGGGAGGCCUGGUGGGCGAAGCUCCUGAUCCCCUUUCUUCCUUCCCUACGUCGGCAGCCCCCACUGCCACCGCCCGGAAGCAGCAGAAGAACUGGGAGGGGAUUACGACUGAUAUCCUCAAGCAAGACAAGCCUAUUACAUCCGACCAGGACCCGAACGCUGGUGGUGACGCCGCGGUGAACGAUUUCUUCAAGAAACUUUACGCAGAUGCAGACGAUGACACUCGUCGCGCGAUGCUCAAGAGUUACCAGGAGAGUGGCGGCACGACGCUCAGCACGAACUGGACUGAGGUCGGCAAGGGAAACGUCGAAGUCAAGCCGCCUGAAGGGAGCGAGUGGAAGAAAUGGGCGGCUUGA